UUUUUUUGAAAUCCAAACCAGAAAGCGGAAACGAACAAAAAAAGUAAUUUUGAAAGCAAAGAUCGCGAAGAACCGGCGCCUGGCUCACAAAUUGAUCAUCGAAAAAUGUGGUUGCAAGAAGAAUUGUGACCAGAUUGUGUCGAAGGACGAACGGGUAAUUAUACAUGAUCAGUUCUGGAAGCACGAUAAAACGGGUCAAACCAAUUAUAUUAGAGGAACCGUCCAUCGAAGCUCAAAGCCACUCCGACGUAAAAAUCGAUUCACUGCAAAUGAUCCGAAAAAGACCUGUUCGUACAUUUUCUGCCUCCGUUUGUUAAAUGGAAGCGAUGAACGAGUAUGCCGGAAGUUCUUCUUGAACACUAUCGGAUAUGGAGAAAACUGCGGGUAAGCUGUGUAUAACAGUAUGUGUAAACAAUGAUAUUGAUUGUUGUCUAUUGUUAGGAACCUUGUGUAUCGUUGCCUCGAUAGCGAUUUCGAAGGGAAUCCAAAGCCUUCCAAGCGUGGUAAAUACGAGCGAAACAAACUGAAACAGGAAGCUGUUAAAUCGCACAUCUUGUCAUACAACCCAACUGUAUCGCACUAUCGACGAGCUCACGCUCCGAACCGAUAUUAUCUACCAUCUGAUCUAACAGGAGUUUCCAUGUAUACAAACUAUCAAGAUUCGGCUCAACCAGACUUAAAGGUCAAUUAUUCGUUUUAUUCCAAUGUAAUGUUACGCAUGAAUAUUUCACUGGUAAAGCUUGGCCACGAGCAAUGCGAGGCAUGCGUUGCGGCAACAUUACAUCAGAGUGCAUCCGGACACAUCGACGAAGACAAUUUCAUUGCAAUAUGUUCAUUAUGCAAAUCGCAUAUGGAACAUUUACGUUUGGCAUCUUCCUCCAGAUUGAUGUACCGUGCUGAUGGCGACAACAUUCGAACCAAAGAAAUCGUUUUCGCUGUUGAUCUUCAGAAGGUCAUUCAGCUUCCUCGCUUAGAAAGUCUGAAGUCCAUCGUUUUUGCCCAGCGCUUAUUAGCAUUUAACGAGACGUUCGCCCCGGUCGGCAGCUAUGCCAAAGCAUUCCCCGUUAUAGCCUGCGUCUGGGACGAGUCUACUUCUGGAAGGUCAGCCGCGGACAUUACAAGUUGCUUUGACAAAGUUGUCAACUGGUGCUGUAGCAACGGAGUGGAACAAAUUACUUUCUGGCUAGACAACUGUUCUAGUAGAACAAAAACUGGAACUUGUUCCUGUACCUAA